AAUAGGAUUGAAGGAUUGAUGUAUCGAACCGUUGUCCUUGCCAGUGAGGCACGAGCAUGCCUUUUUGUUGAUUCACUUCGUUCUCGACCAGUGUUUGCUUCUGUGAAUGUCAAAUCUCUCUGUAUUCGCGGUAUGGUGCAACUCACCACUGCGGUAGAGGUCAUACAACUGUGCAGUGGUAUUGUUGACCUCGCCCUCUGGAUUCUGCCAGAGGGGGAUCAUGACAUGCUGGAUCACCUAUUGGAUGCAUUAAACAAGCUACCUUUAUCACGGCUGUCUAUCCACUUAUCGACCGUCUUCCGUAGAACUGACAUGCCAUUCCUACCAUCCAUCUCUCUAUUCAGCAAAGUCACCCACCUUGACUUGUUGGAAGGUUGGGUGCUUUGGGGCUCCCCAAUCGGCAUACAUUGCCUAACGCAACUUACACAUAUUUCCCUUCGACUGUUCACUGAUCGGACAGCACCAGCCUUGCUGCAAAUGAUCCUUGCAGAUUGCAUUCACCUGAAGGUAUUGGUUUUGCGUGUAACAGAGGAAGUUGGCAGGGUAGAAAAAUGGUUGCAGGAGCACGACGGUCUCGAUGAUCAUCGUAUUGUUGUGACGGCCAAGAGCUCUCGUGAUACCUGGAAUUGCAGAACAAGUGAUGGUAUGAGUUUGUGGCAGUAUGGAGAUUAUAUUGCAAAGUGUCGAGACGCGAUACAUGAAUGUACAAUUUAG